UUAAAAAAAAAAAUCAGAUUCAGUGAGAUUCUCAAAUGUAGGUCCCAUUAUCAGAACCUCUUUCAACUUCCUUCACGUCUUCAACCUCAGCUCAGCUACGCAAAUCACGCCAUUUUUUUUAUAUUUUAUUUUUAAAUUGUUGAAAUAAAAUUGAAGCCUUAGGGUUUGGGGGUUCGAAACUGAGCGAUUUGUGCGGAGAGAAGAUGAGCAAUCUGAGAACAAUAUGUAGGCCGUACACGGUGUUCUCCUCCAUCAUUUCUUGCAGACAGAGACAGCGAGCACGACCUAGGGUUUCCCUUCCAAACCCUAAUUACGGGCCUCAAUUCUCCUCUGCCUGGUUCGAUUCCUUGGGCUUGAAUUCCAAUGGUGCUGAGCCCUGGUUUCGUGUCAACCAGAGGAGGACCCUGGUUCACGCUUGCAAUUGGUCCGAUCAGAAAUCUCCCUACGAAACUCUCGAGUUAGAGAGAGAUGCUGAUGAGGAGCAAAUAAAGUUGGCUUACAGACGCUUGGCCAAAUUUUAUCAUCCAGAUGUUUAUGACGGUAGAGGGACUCUUGAGGAAGGAGAAACAACUGAAGCUAGAUUUAUUAAGAUUCAAGCUGCUUAUGAGUUGCUCGGAGAUGAUGAGAAGCGGAGGAAAUAUGAUAUGGAUAACCGGGUCAACCCAAUGAAAGCAUCUCAAGCAUGGAUGGAGUGGCUUAUGAAAAAGAGAAAAGCUUUUGAUCAGCGGGGUGAUAUGGCCAUUGCAGCUUGGGCUGAGCAGCAGCAGCGUGAAAUGAGUCUUCGUGCUCGCCGUCUUGCUCGUUCAAAGGUUGACCCUGAAGAAGAGAAAAGAAUUCUGGCCAGAGAAAAAAAGGCAUACCAGGAGUAUUUCUCCAGCACCCUUAAACGGCAUACACUUGUCCUAAAGAAAAGGGAUUUGAUGCGAAAGAAAGCAGAAGAAGAGAAGAAAAAGGUAAUCAGUCAACUUUUAGCUGCAGAGGGUCUUGAACUUGAGACAGAUGAUGAUGAGGCGCUGUAGACAAUUUACUUCACUCACUGUCAUCCCAAAUCUUAUUAUAGAAUACAUUCUAGAGUAUCUCUUGGUGAUACAUAAAUUUAUUGUAUAAAAAGUGGAAAAUGUAUAGUAUUCCUUCAAGAGUUUAGAGAAAUGAAUGGGAAAUUACCAUUUACAAAUAAAAAAGUGCUUUCCGGGUGUGCCACACUCACGCCCGGUGUGAUGUUUA